CGCAUAUACGGACGUAGAUGCACUCUGGAUAUACAGUCAAGAGAUCCAGGCAGCUUUGCAGUGCUGCCCUUUGCUGUAUCAAGCUGUUCUUCAGCUAGAUUCGGAGCCUGAUUAGCACUGACUCGUCACAAAGAGGAAGAUAAAAAAAAACCUUUCGACUCCCGGCCUCUCAAAACGUGGGCAAGCAAGUCUGUCAUUGUCCCAAAACUCCCACCCGGCCUAGGGCCCCACCAAAAUUCGAGCCGAUAAGAAAAGACCAAAACGCAAGACUUCCCUUCCGCUGCUUCAAACCUCAUUAGCAGUCACUUGUGUCGCCAGGAAAUGAUGGCUGCCACAGGGACCGACGGCCCGGUCCACGUCAAUGGCGAAGGAGAGUCCCCCGCAGCUGUCAAUGGCGCAAGCAGCACCUCGCGGCCUUACACACCGCCGCGGAUGGCCGACACAGCACUGCCCAGAACUCCAUCCUUGACCAGCUUCUCUCUUACCGAGUACAGCGCAAGGCCCACGCCGCCGUCCGAGGACCGGACGACACACCUGAAGAAAAUUGUGCCCGACGAGUUCCUCUUGCCCAACGGGUGCCCGGACUACUUGCGGCUCAUCAUCACUUCGUAUCCUCGUGUCAGAGAGGUGUGCAACGAGACUCCCCUCGUACCUGCCGUCAACCUGAGCAACCGCCUUGAAUGCAAGGUCUUGCUCAAGCGCGAGGAUGAGCAACCCGUCUUCAGCUUCAAGCUGCGUGGCGCCUAUAACAAGAUGGCCCAUCUGGACCCUGCCGAGUCGUGGAGAGGCGUCGUGUGCUGCAGCGCUGGCAACCACGCUCAAGGCGUGGCCUAUUCUGCUCGCAAGCUCAAGAUCCCCGCCACCAUCGUGAUGCCCAAGGGCACGCCAAGCAUCAAGCAUCUCAAUGUGUCUCGCAUGGGAGGCCAUGUCGUACUCCACGGAGCCGACUUUGACGAGGCAAAAGAGGAGUGCGCCCGGAGGGAGAAGCAAAACGGCCUGAUCAACAUCCCCCCAUUUGACGACCCAUAUGUUAUUGCAGGUCAGGGCACCAUUGGCCUGGAGAUACUGGCUCAGACAAACUUACAAAAGCUGGAGGCCAUCUUCUGCUGCGUAGGAGGCGGUGGUCUCAUCGCCGGUGUCGGCGUAUACGUGAAGCGCAUUGCGCCCCACGUAAAGAUCAUCGGAGUCGAAAGCUACGACGCUGAUGCCAUGACCCAGUCCUUAGCCAAGGGAGAGCGAGUAUUCCUGAAGGAUGUGGGCCUGUUUGCGGAUGGUGCCGCGGUCAAGACGGUAGGCGAGGAAACAUUCCGACUCUGUCAGGAGGUUGUCGACGACAUGGUCCGGGUGACAACAGAUGAAGCCUGCGCCGCUAUCAAGGACAUGUUUGAAGAUACUCGCUCUAUCCUCGAACCUGCCGGCGCAUUGGCCAUCGCCGGACUCAAGAAAUGGGUCGCCGCCAACCCGUCCAGCGACCGGACGAGGUCAGUCGUGGCCAUCACUUCCGGUGCAAACAUGAACUUUGAUCGUCUGGGGUUUGUUUCUGCUCGUGCUACCUACGGAGAAGGAAAAGAAGCUCUGCUGGCCGCCAAAAUCCCAGAGAGGCCUGGCGCCUUCGCCGAGCUGAUCAACGCAGUCAUGCCCCAUCCCGUGACCGAGUUUAGCUACCGUUAUGCUAGCGAAUCCGAGGCUCAUGUGCUCAUCGGCAUCUCCUUGACCGCCCCGGGGAAUCAACGAGCCCAGGAGCUGCAGACUAUCAUCAGCCGCAUCAAAGAAUCCGGGAAUAUGGAUGUGACGGACUUAUCCGGUGACGAAUUGGCCAAGAGUCACAUCCGCCACAUGGUUGGAGGGCGGUCCAGCGUCCCCAACGAAAGGCUCUACAUGUUCCGCUUUCCCGAGCGGCCCGGGGCUUUGGAGCGCUUCCUCAGGACGUUACGACCAAAGUACAAUAUUAGUCUCUUCCAGUACAGAAACUAUGGUGGGGAUAUUGGCCAGGUCUUGACUGGAAUAGUCUGUCCAGACGAGGAGAUUGGAGAAUUACAGAGGUUUUUGAAGGAGAUAGGAUACCCCUGGGAGGACUGUACUGAGUCUCCGGUAUUCAAGACAUUCCUCCGAAUGUAACUGCAGGAGAUUCGGGAAUCAUGAAAAAGUCAAGCAGAGGGGAAUAUUGGUCAACAUAUAGAGUUCAGGCCUUGAAAAUUGUCCAUGUAGUGCGAGAACUGCUCUUACAACCUUGGAGAUAAUGGGUAUCAUUUUAAGUAGGGGUUCCAAUCAUAGUGGUGUUUCCGCUUAUUAGCAGCUACUUAACCCUAGUAAGCCACAGAGUUAUAGCUGUGCGAGCGGGAAGCCCACCAUGAUUGGGAAACCUAGUCUCUGGUUCACAGACUCUUUCUUGAACUACAAAACCCUACUGCGCAUAAUAUCAGUUUCAUAUGCUCAAAUAACAUUGGCAA